UUAUUUUCUCUCUCUCUCCUCUCAGCCAAUCAGCGCGCCGCUCCCGUCUGGAACGCCCACUCGUCUUUCUGUUCGGCCAAUCAGGGCGCUCCCCCUGCCGGACGCCAUUUUGUGAGCUCCACGGCGGCGCUGGCCCUGCUGGCCGCGGAUGGAACCUGUUGCUCUCCGUAGUUCCGUGUUGUGCAAUGGACGGCGGUGUCCACCAAGACUUAACAGGUGGUACCAAGAGAGGAUCUGAAGAGCUUUUCCCCAGCAUCACCAGUGGCCCGUAUAUCAUGAGCACCACAGCCAAUGGAAACGACAGUAAGAAGUUCAAAGGUGACACCAGAGGUCCCGGGGUGCCGUCCAGGGUUCUCCACAUCCGCAAGCUCCCCAACGACAUCGCAGAGGCCGAGGUCAUCAGCCUCGGUCUGCCGUUCGGAGACAUCACCAACUUGCUGAUGCUCAAAGCCAAAAACCAGGCCUUCUUGGAGAUGAACUCGGAGGAAGCAGCUCAGAACAUGGUGGGUUAUUACUCCACAAAUAUGCCCAUCAUCAGGAACCAGCUGGUCUACGUCCAGUUCUCCAACCAUAAGGAGCUCAAGACCGACAACUCCCCCAACCAGGAGAGGGCCCAGGCAGCUCUUCGGGCCCUCACUUCCUGUCAUGUGGAUCCAACUAUGGCAGCUCCGAGCACCGUGCUGAGGGUGGUGGUGGAGAACCUGGUCUACCCCGUCACCCUGGACGCGCUCUGCCAGAUCUUCUCAAAGUUCGGCACCGUGCUGAGGAUCAUCGUCUUCACUAAGAACAGUCAGUUCCAGGCUCUGAUGCAGUACGCAGACGGAGCCUCCGCCCAGUCAGCUAAACUGUCUCUGGACGGACAGAACAUCUAUAACGGCUGCUGCACUCUGAGGGUCAGCUUCUCUAAACUCACCAGCCUCAACGUGAAGUACAACAACGAGAAGAGCCGAGACUUCACCAGACCGGACCUCCCAACCGGAGACAGCCAGCCGAGUAUGGAGCACCAGGCCAUGGCCACCGCCUUCACUCCAGGGAUCAUCUCAGCCGGACCGUACGGAGCCACACACGCCUUCCCCCCCGCCUUCACCCUCCAACCCACCAUGUCCUCCCACUACCCAGGCCUGGUCCCUGCUCUGCCCGGGGCCCUGGCCUCGCUGGCCCUCCCCGGGGCCUCCAGAAUGGGGUUCCACCACCUCUCAGCCGGAGUCUCUGUCCUGCUGGUCAGCAACCUGAACCCUGAGAGAGUUACGCCCCACUGCCUCUUUGUUCUCUUCGGUGUUUAUGGCGACGUGAUGAGAGUGAAGAUCCUGUUCAACAAGAAGGAGAACGCUCUGGUUCAGAUGUCGGACUGCACACAGGCUCAGCUAGCCAUGAGCCACCUGAGCGGCCAGCAGCUUCAUGGGAAGCCUCUGCGCAUCACGCCGUCCAAACACACCAGCGUCCAGCUUCCCCGUGAAGGCCACGAGGACCAGGGCCUGACCAAAGACUACAGCAACUCCCCCCUGCACCGCUUCAAGAAGCCCGGCUCCAAAAACUACUCCAACAUCUUCCCACCUUCUGCCACCUUGCACCUGUCCAACAUCCCACCGUCUGUGGUUGAGGACGACCUCAAGAUGCUGUUUUCCAGCUCAGGAGCCAUGGUCAAGGCCUUCAAGUUCUUCCAGAAGGACCACAAGAUGGCUCUGAUCCAGAUGGGCUCAGUGGAGGAGGCCAUCGAGUCCCUCAUCGAGUUCCACAACCACGACCUGGGAGAGAACCACCACCUGCGGGUCUCCUUCUCCAAGUCCUCCAUCUGAGCCUCAGACCCCCUCGAUGGUGUCCACUACACUCCCAUCAUUCCUACCAGUCUGCAGGAACAACCUGAAGUCUGCUGUGAUGUUAACUUAUUAUGAAACUCAUUUUAAGGUUCUUUAAGAGGUUUAGGGUCAUUUAGGAACCGUUGGGAGGAAGUCAGAAUUCUGGAUUUAAUCAGAAGUCGGGAAGUAAAGUCAGAAUCAGACAUUUGGCAUAAGCCGUCACUCUGAGGUCAUAGUCCUUGGCGUUCGUUUACUCGUGUCCUUCUUGUUUUGAAGCUGUUAGCUUUUAGCCACUUUUGCCUUUUGACUUUAAUCCGAGAUGUAAGGAGUUAAAGUCGGCCUUCUAAACGUUCUCCUCUGGAACGCGGGCUAAAGUUAUUUAAAUCCCGACUUUAUUACCUCAGAAUUCUUUCUUUAGUCUCGGUUUUCCUGUGGUCCUAAUCCUCUUUGAAGUUUCCCCUUUGAAGCAACACUUCAGUGUUUAAUGCCCCCCCCGACGAUUAGUUUGAUCAGACGAUCCUGUGCCUUAUUCCUGCGGUCACCACGACCUCCACUCUCACAUGUGAACACAUAAAAUCUCCCAUCAUGCCUCUAACUUGGCAGAGAGCAGGUUUACAGUUGGUAAAGGUUUACUGUUGAUGUGUAACAGACGUAUAUAUAUAUAUAUAUAUAUAUAUAUAUAUAUAUAUAUAUGUAUGUAUAUGUAUAUAUACAUAUAUAUCCUUAUUUUAUUGGUGUUGUUUUGUACUGCUGGUGACGUAGCGUCAAACGUGUGAACCGCUCUUUGACUUUAGAUUUCCUCUUUUGUUCUUUGAUUUCUUUAUUUCCAUGUAUGCAAUCAUGUUUUAUUCAAAUCAAAUAUUGUAGCAAUAUUUUAAUCAUUCCUGAACUUUUCCUCGUUUGUUUUGUUUCUGUGGUGUUCUGUGCGCUCGUCUCGUCUGAACGGUUUUAUUUAUUAGUUUGAGAUCCACUACAGCUGAAACCAAAAACGGCCUUUCAGAUGCAAACAAACCCGCCUGCCUCAGGAUCCUGGUUCAGAGGACUCAAACUAUAGACGGAGGACGGGGAGCUGGUUCAGGGUUGGGUGGUAUUUUACUGUGGGAUGUUUUAUUGAUUUCUCUGACCGCUUCACUGGAAUCAAACCACCGGCAAACCAGAUGUAACGUGGAGUGCCUUCAAGACGGACAUCAGGUAUUAACUCCUCUUUACUCCGAGAUGAAAGUUUGACGAAGAAGAAGAAACCAGGAGGUUCUGGUUCUGUUCAUCUGUGUCUUAAUAUUUUAAUCACGUCGACAUUCCAGCUGCUCACACUGAACUGCAGCAUCUGAACCCAACGUGAUGCAUUCAAGACGCCUGGGACGUUUGGAGUCUAGAUUCAGGCUCCUCCAGAAGUGCUGAAUCUGGACGGAUCAAACAUGAGCUCUGUGUUGAUUGUAGACAAACACGAAGGAGUCUGAAGAUCAGAGAUGAUGUCGAUUCUGUCCGAAAUCCGAUGUUUUUGUUUAUGUUUUGACUUUGCUCUGAUUCGACCGUAAAGAACUUUGAUCUUCUCUGAUUCUGUGAAACUCCAGAUUAAACUCUGUGAUGUUCAGAGAGAUGAGCAAUGUCAUGUGGAUGAAAGCUCCGGUGACCUUCAUGGACACUUGUGUUUGAGUCUGUGAGUUCAGAUCCAGCCGACCAAUGACAAGCUUCUAUGAGUUCAGUUUGUGUCCGACAACAACAGACACAUUGACACGUGACUGUUUUUUCCCAGGUGAUUUGAAUGCAUCAUCGGCCUUGCAGCGGGACCAGCGGGUCAGCAGGAUGUAGAACUGUACAAACAUGGUUAUGAUCACAGUUCUGUGUCUGACGGCUGAUUGGUGGUUUUAUAUCUGAUGUAUAUUUUGAUUCUGAGCCUUCGACUGUUUGUGUCACAAAGACAAAAAAAACAAAAACAGAUUAAAUCACUUUUUAUCUAAAAUC